AUGACGCUGCCAGCCGCAGCAACCGAUCAUUUUUCCACACAGCCUGCAACGCCCGCCUUCGCACCGAAUUCGACUGACGUCGACCCGUCCAGAAUGCGGCUUAUUCUCGCCGCCCUGGCGCUUGGCCUGAUCUCUCUCCAUGCUUUCGCCAGCCUGUUCCGCACCCUACGCCGCAACAAGCGCGCCAAGGGUGCCUUUGCCGGUAGUCACGUCACGACUGAACAACCCUAUGCUGACCGCGACGGAGUCGCUACCGACGAGACCACGCAAGCCUACAGCACCCGCUGGCAGACGGCGCAGACGGCCCUUUGCGCUGUCGUUGGUGCUUGCGUCUCUCUGGCUCGCGCCGUAUUGGUGACGCUAGAUGCCGAGGAUGUCGUAAUUGCGUGGUUGACAUGCGCGAUUUGGCUUCCUCUCAUUGUCCAGAGCAUCGAUAUCUCGAUAGAAAAGGAGCCGGUCCGCAAGUACAACAUCGCUCUGUCCAACUCCCUGACCUACCUGAUUGGCUUCGCCGUGUUCUGCUACGUCGACGACCUCCGCGACACCUCGAGCUCCCCCAAGCUCGGCCUGGCCAUCGCCCGCGUCUGCCUCUCGCUCGCAGGCUUCCUCGUCUGCACCCUCUACCCACGCAGGCCGGCCGUGACCUACAACGGCCGGAUCGUCGACGCCCAGCGCACCGCCUCCGCCUUCAGCCGCUACACGUAUGCCUGGCUCUCCCCGCUCCUCUCCUUCGCCGCCAAGAAGGGCUUCCUGCACCAGGAUGACCUGCCCAACCUCGACGCCACCUCGCGGUCGCGCGACCUACACGACGACUUCAUCGCGCGCAUCGAGUCGUCCGCCUCGUCUUCCGCCGCCGCCGCCACCCCGCUCUGGCGCAAGGUCGUGCGCGCGCACGCGCCCGCCCUGGGCAUGCAGUACGCGCUCACGACGCUCGACUCGGUGCUCAUCGUGGCGCCGCAGGCGGCCAUGUUCCAGCUGCUGAAGCUGCUGGAAGAGCGCGCCAACGGGCGCGGCGGCGCCGACGUGACGGUCGCGGCCAGCCUGUGGGUGCUCGGCCUGGGCGCCGGCAUCUUGGUGCAGAACUUCUUCGAGAACUGGCGGUGGUGGGUGAGCUACGGGUACCUGAACGUGCCGAUCCGCGUGCAGCUGAGCGCGCUGGUCUUCUCCAAGAGCAUGCGGCGGAAGGACGUCAAGGGCGUGCAGAAGAAGAAGGGGGAGGACAGUUAUGAGAGCGGCGUGGUGGAGGAGGAGGAGGAUGUUGUCGAAGACGGCGAGGAGAAGAUGAAGCAGACGCAGCAGGGGACGAUCAACUUGGUCGGCGUGGAUACGAAGCGCGUGGCGGAUUUCGUCACGUAUCAGAAUGGGUUCUGGGGCGCGUUGAUCAAGAUCAUCGUGUCGUUUGUGUUCAUCUACAAACUUGUCGGGUGGCAAGCGCUCGUUGCGGGUAUCAUUGCGCAGCUCGCGACGGUGCCUCUGAACAUGUACUUCGCCAAGAAGUACGCGGCUGCUCAGAAUGACCUCAUGGGUGCUCGUGAUCGCAAGCUCGCAGUCCUCAACGAAGCCCUGAUGGGCAUCCGGCAGAUCAAGUUCUCGGCGCUCGAGAAACAGUGGCAGAAGAAGAUUGCAGACUACCGCGAAGCGGAGCUCAAGACCAUAUGGCGCGUCUUUAUUGCUGACACGUUCCUGAUCUUCUGCUGGAUCUUCGGUCCUUAUAUGCUUUCCGCCGUCACUCUGGCCGUCCACGCCCUUGUCCACGACCAUCUGUACCCCUCCAUCGCGUUCACGACCAUCGGUAUCCUGACGCAGAUCGAAGGGACGCUUGCGUUCAUUCCGGAACUGAUGGCGGCUGGAAUCGACGCUUGGGUCAGUAUCAAGCGUAUUGAUGAGUAUCUGAAUGCACCAGAGAAGCCGCAGAAUACAUGGCCCGGCGACCACAUCUCCUUCAAGAAGGCAAGCGUUGCGUGGCCGUCGGACUCCGAGAAAAACGAGGAAUCUUUCGUUCUGCGUGACCUGAACUUCACCUUCCCGAACCGCCAACUCAGCGUUAUCUCUGGCCGAACUGGCUCCGGAAAGACUCUCCUUCUGAAGGCUAUCUUGGGUGAGGUGGAUGUCAUCUCUGGCACCAUUGAAGUGCCCCGUGCCCCAUCUGCACACGAGCGGUUCGACCACAAGGCCAACAGGAAGAACUGGAUCAUCGACUCUGCCAUUGCGUUCGUCAGCCAGCAGCCCUGGAUUGAAAACUGCAGCUUCCGAGACAAUGUGCUCUUCGGCCUACCCUUCGACGCUGUCCGCUACCGCAAAGUCCUCUCCGCCUGCGCCCUGGACAAGGAUUUAGCCAUGCUUACAGACGGCGACUCCACGGAAAUCGGCGCACAGGGCAUCAAUCUGAGCGGCGGCCAGCGCUGGCGUAUCACGCUUGCCCGCGCGUUGUAUUCGCGCGCCGGAAUCCUGGUCCUGGACGACAUCUUCAGUGCCGUCGACGCCCACGUCGGCCGCCACAUCUUCGAGGUCGCCCUGACGGGAGAACUGGCAGCGGGCCGCACCAGAAUCGUUGUCACGCACCACGUCUCCCUGUGCUUGCCGAAGACCAAGUUUGAGGUCUUCCUCUACGAGGGGAGGGUCGAUCGGGCCGGCACUGUGGACUCGCUUCGCCGUACGGGCGAGUUGCAGGAUAUCCUUGAGGAGGAGCGGAACGAGGAGGCUAUCGCGGAUGGCGAUGCGCAUCUCGAUAUCCCCAACGGCAACGGUCAUGCGGCACGUCGGCGUAGCUCGGCUUUCCACAGGAGGCCGAGCGCUGCGUCUAUGGGUGAGAGUGGAGGCGAUGCGCUGGUCCGGUAUCUCUCGCGGACCAGCGAGCGGUCGGACUUCAUUGAUGAUGGUGGGCAUGUUGAGUACGACUACAAGGAGCCGACUAAAAAGUUCGUCGAGGAGGAGACCAAGAUGAAGGGGAAGGUGCUUUGGUCGGUUUACUUGCAGUAUGUCAGAGCUGGUGGUGGCUACUGGUUCUGGGCUGGCAUUGUGCUGUCGUUCUGCGCUAUCCAGGCGCUGAUCCUCGGGCGGUCAUGGUGGCUCACCAUCUGGACCAGUCAGUACAAGACUCAGUCAGAGCCCGCGAAGACGUUUGUCGCUUCUGUCCUCCAGCACCCGAUGCUCCAUAAUGUCCGUACGCCGUACCACGCACAGUCACUCACUAGGGACACCAAAUUCUACGUCGGCAUCUACGUGCUUAUCUCCUGCUCCAUAUCCUUCUUCGGUACAGCGCGCUACUUCUGGGUCUAUUGCGGUUCGAUCCGCGCUAGCCGCAAGCUCUUUGACGACCUGACGUACGCUGUACUGCGCGCACCGCUGAGAUGGCUCGACACCGUCCCGACGGGUCGUGUGCUGAACAGGUUCACGGCGGACUUCAGCACCCUGGAUCUCGAGCAGGCAAACGCGUUCUCGUUCAUGUUGUUCAACCUGCUCAUGGUAAUAGGUGUUGUGAUUGCUGGCAUGAUGGUCACCCCGUUCAUGAUCUUGUUCGCUGUUAUUCUGUUGGCCCUUUGCGUCCGAUAUGCGCUAUACUACCUCAUGGGCGCCCGUGAGACCAAGCGCUUGGAGAGUCUGGCCAAGAGCCCCGUAUUCGAGCUCUUCGGUGCAGCUCUAUCUGGGCUCGGCACUAUCCGCGCUUUCGGCAAGACGGAAGACUACAUUGACGCCAUGUUCGCCAAGCUUGACAUGCACGGGCAGACGAUGAUGUACAUGUGGGCGUUCAACCGCUGGCUGACGUUCCGGCUGGGCGUGGUCGGGGCCGCCUUCGCCAUCGCCAUGGCGGCACUUAUCGUCUCGCUCAACAUCGACGCGGCGCUGGCCGGCUUCGCCAUUGGCUUCACGCUCGAGUACUCGAUCGCGGUGGUGUGGAUGCUGCGGCAGUACGCCAUCGUCGAGCUGUCGAUGAACGCGGUCGAGCGCAUCCUCGAGUACUCGGAAAUCCCCAUCGAGGACCAGGAGGGCCUGGACGCGCCGGCGCACUGGCCGGCCGAAGGCCGCGUCGAGGUCGACGACCUCGUCGUCUCGUACGCAUCCGACCUGGAGCCCGUCCUGAAAGGCGUGUCGUUCGCCGUCGCACCCAACGAGCGCGUCGGCGUCGUGGGCCGCACGGGAGCCGGCAAGAGCAGCUUGACCCUCGCGCUGUUCCGCUUCCUCGAGGCGCGCAGGGGCAGCAUCCACAUCGACGGCGUGGACAUCAGCACCAUCAAGCUCGAGGACCUGCGCUCCCGCCUCGCCAUCAUCCCGCAGGACCCCGUCCUCUUCUCCGGCACCGUCCGCUCCAACAUCGACCCCUUUGGCGAGCACGACGACGCCGAGCUGCGCGAGGCGCUGGAGCGCGUCCAUCUGGUCUCGCCGGCCGACCAUUCCCAGACAUCGGACAACGACGACGACGACGACGCCACCACUGCAACCGACCCCGCCGUCGACGGACCCGCCAACAACAACACCAACACCACCAACAACAAAAACCCCUUCUCCUCCCUCUCGACCACCAUCUCCGAAGGCGGGUCCAACCUCAGCCAGGGCCAGCGCCAGCUCCUCUGCCUCGCCCGCGCCAUCGUCUCGCGCCCCAAGGUCAUGAUCCUCGACGAGGCCACGUCGGCCGUCGACAAGGCGACGGACGCGCUCAUCCAGCGCAGCGUGCGCGCCGAGUUCAGCGACAGCACCCUCGUCGUCAUCGCCCACCGCCUCAGCACCAUCGCCGACUUCGACCGCAUCCUCGUGCUCGGCGACGGGCGCGCCGUCGAGUUCGGGACGCCGAGGGAGCUUUUGGCGUUGGAUGACGGAGUGUUUGCGGGGAUGGUGGAGGAUAGUGGGGAGAGGGAGGUGUUGAGGGAUAUUAUUUUGGGGGAGGGGGGGAGGGAGUGA